ACGUGCGUUGUCCUCACUCGCCGCGGACCUGCAGCUGAGUGUCUGUGACGGAGGAGUGUGUGUGUGUGUGUAUGUGUGUGUGUGUCUGUGUGAAGACACCGAGUUAAACCGCACCGUCCUCACAGGAAACCCGGAGUUUCAUACAGAGUUUACUGAGGAGCACAGACUUCAUGAAGACAAUCCUGGUUGGUCGGUGGUAAUUAGUGGGUGGUCAGUAGGUCGCAGCUGUCUGUCGAGACCAACAUGGAACGAGAGGGCUCAUUGAGGAGGAGUCUCCACAGCAAACUGAAGUUGGGCAGCAGCUCUUCCUCCAGCCUGACGGACCUCUCGCACUCCAAGAGCCCAGCGGGGGGAGGUAGUGAGAAGGGAGGAACGGCCGGGGGGCUGGCAGAGGAGUGCAGCAAGGACAAGGGGACGCAGCAGAGGAGGGCCGGGGCCAACGCCACCUGGAACAGCAUCCACAAUGCAGUGAUCUCAGUUUUCCAGAGGAAAGAUCUGGGAGAGAAUGAGCUCUACACUCUGAAUGAAGGUGUCAGGCAGCUGCUGAGGACGGAGCUGGGCUCCUUCUUCACGGAGUACCUUCAGAACCAGCUGCUCACUAAAGGCAUGGUCAUACUGAGAGACAAGAUCCGAUUCUAUGAAGGUCAGAAGUUGUUGGACUCUCUGGCUGACACGUGGGACUUCUUCUUCUGUGAUGUUCUGUCCAUGCUGCAGGCCAUCUUCUAUCCUGUGCAGGGGAAGGAACCAUCGGUCCGUCAGUUGGCUCUGCUCCACUUCAGGAACAUCAUCACCCUGAACCUGAAACUGGACGAGGCUCUCGCUCGACCCAAAGCCAGAGUUCCUCCCUCUAUCAUACAGAUGCUGCUUAUACUACAGGGUGUCCAUGAGUCUAAAGGUGUGACAGACGACUACCUGCGUCUGGAGUCCCUCAUCCAGAAAGUGGUCUCUCCCUACCUCGGCACUGAUGGUUUAUAUUCCAGAGAUGGAUCCUACAACCCACACUGCUCCUCCUGUCUAUUAGAAAAGCGUUCCUGGUCCACCAAACCAGGCAACUCCCCUGCUGCCAAAAACCCAGUGGUGCGGUCUAAGAGCUACAACGUUACCAUGCUGACCCCUGUGGUAGAGUACGAUGUGGAUGCCUCCAUUGGAGGCGGCGCAGGUAUCAGGCGACACUCCGUCUCUGAGAUGACUUCCUGUGUGGAGGAGAGCAGCUCCGUGGCCGAAUCCACCUCCAACACCAACAGCAACAGCAGCACUCCCAGCCUCGCCAGACGCUCCCUGGCUUCAGCAGAACUGGUUUCAGAUACUGUGACCUCAAGCCAGGACCCACAGUCCAGAGUCCCUGACAGUCCCACAAGUCUUCACCUUCAGCCCCAGCAUCACUCCCCAGGCAUCCAUCCUUCCCGGUCUAAAGACACACACAGCAGUGGAUCGCCGGUGUGGGACUCCCCCUCGUCCUCCAGAGCGCUCGCUCAUGACACAAGCUCCGGCCCCAGUCCAUCCUCCAGUCCAGAGAUCAUGACAGACCACAUCCAGGAGUCUUUGGAAUCAGAGCCCGAGCAGGACGGCAUCUUUCUUGACUUCUCGCGGCGUUGCUCUGGAGGGUCGACACACAGCAAGGACAGCGGCAGGCAGAGUGUGGCGUGACACACACACAAGCACUUAGAACAAUGCUGAGCCAUUACUGACAUUCCUCCGGACAGCCUGUGAUGCCCCCUGCUGUUUUUCUGGAGAUCAUCACGGAGUCAGACUGAAUCAUUUUUCUAGAGACUUUUUAUUCACUCUUAAAACAAACGAUGACCAGUAAAUCUUUAGAUUUGGCACUUUUAUUAGAUGCAUUCCUCCAGUUGGACACAUCUGCACUUUUCCCUCGGGGGGGGAACUAUAAUCGUAUUGAUCACUUGACUUUUAAAAUAAACUAUUACUAAUAAAAUAAUCGUAAAGCAGUUUUCUUUUUCUUUAUGGGUUAUGGUUAUGGUAAUUACACUAUACACAGUAGCAUGUAUUUUGACAGUCUAUAUUGUCUAUAGUUACGCCUGUUUAAAAAUGUAGGCAGAAUUAAAUAUAUCUUACUCGUACUUUAUUAUUUUUCUGGCAUAAUUAUUGCAGAAUGUAUUUUCUGUAUUUACCUGUUGGUUAAACUCUACAUUAACUAAUUGAUGCAUCAUAUUCAUGAAGUUCCCAUAAUUGUUGCAAAAUUAAUUGAAAUGGUUUUAUAUACUACCACAUGGGGGCGCCAAAUCCACACAUGUGGGGGAGAAGCAGCAGAUCAGAAGUUUCAGAUUUAUGCUUCAUGACUAAAUAUUCAAAUUCUGCUGAAUAUGUUGUAACUCAGUCAAAUAUACUAAUGGGAAUAGAAAAAAUAUUCUAAAGUAACUCUAUUUCCCCCCCAUGAGUAUCAUAAACACAAAAAACUAUUUCAAUAACAAUCUAUUAUUUAUAAAUGUAUUUUUCUGUGGUUUAGCGCUUAACUGCUGUUGACGAGAAUAAAAACACACAUUUGCAGGUA